AGUCUGGUUCACUCUUCCUCUUUCUCCCACAUUUCUUUCUUCACACAAUUCUCAUUCUCCCUUCAUUCAUCCAAUUCAAAAUCCUCUCUCUCUCACUCUUUCUCUUCAGUUGAUCUCAUCAUUUCAUUGGGAAUCAUUGUUUCUAUUUCCUUUGUUUCUAGAUUGAGAUUGAAAUUAGAUGAACAAUUUCGUAAAUUAAAAUCGAAUUUAAUAUUUCUCUUUCUGUUUGUUUCCUGAGAAAGUGUGAGAAAUCGCAGGAAAAUUAGAUAAGAUUUGGAGUUUUUUUUUUUUUUUUUUUCUUCUUUUUUGUGUAGUUUUGAAUCUGGUUGAUUUCAUAGAGUUUGUAUUUUCACUUAAGUAAAACGAAAGAUUUGUAGAAGAAUAUAGAGGAAAGGGUAAGAUAUAUUGUUGUUGUUGUACUUUCCUCCGUUUUCUGGAGAACCAAACAACUCCGGAGAGGAAGUAUGUUGGGGACUAAUUUACAGUUCGGGCGUGUACGUGGCGAGGAUCGGUUUUACAUACCUGUGAAGGCAAGAAAGAAUCAGAACCAAAAGCAGAAACAACAAACAGUGGCAAAAAGUGAUGUAAAAGAGAGUCAAUCACCGAAGAACACCAAAGAUAGUGUUGUGAAGCCUUCCAUUUCAAGUGACGUUACAGUUUCUGUUCCUGAACCGUCUGUAGUCUCUGUUAGUAACCUUGAUAGAUUCUUGAAAUUCACCACGCCUUCCGUCCCGGCUCAGUACUUAUCUAAGACCACAGUGAGAAGUUGGAGAACUUGUGAUGUAGAGUUUCAGCCUUACUUCACAUUGGGUGAUCUGUGGGAGUCUUUUAAGGAAUGGAGUGUGUAUGGGGCCGGAGUUCCUUUGGUACUUGAUCGGAGUGAUUGUGUUAUUCAAUACUAUGUCCCUUAUCUAUCAGGAAUCCAAUUAUACGGUGAAUCUACUCAGUCAGCCGCUAAGUCAAGGCAAGCUGUAGAGGACAGUGAUGGUGAGUACUACAGGGACUCAAGUAGUGAUGGAAGUAGUGAUUAUGAAUUUGAAAAAGGCUUGAAAUUUUCGAAUGUGCAGCAGGGUCCCUAUAAUCUAAUAAAUGAUGUCCCUUCUAGAAUAGGCAGUUUGUCAAUAAGUGAUGAAAACAGCGCAAUGCAAGAAGGCUUUUCUAGUGAUGAUGGAGAAACUGGGAGUUCUCGAGGCCGCCUUUUGUUUGAAUAUCUUGAGCAGGAUACUCCUUAUAGCCGUGAACCAUUAGCUGACAAGAUAUCAGAUCUAGCAUGCCAAUUCCCUGGGCUGAAGACAUUAAAAAGUUGUGAUUUGCUACCUGUCAGUUGGAUAGCUGUGGCAUGGUAUCCUAUAUACAGAAUACCUACAGGACCAACUUUGAAAGACUUGGAUGCUUGCUUUCUGACAUACCAUUCCCUUUCCACGCCUUUGAGAGGAAACGGAAGUAACCAGGCUCCAGUCAUGAUCAAUCCUAGUGAACCUGACGAUGUCCCAAAGAUUUCCAUACCUAUAUUUGGAAUGGCUUCGUAUAAAUUCAAAGGAUCAAUGUGGACACAAAAUGGAGUAAUUGAGCAUCAAUUAGCUAAUUCCCUCAUGCAGGCUGCAGAAAACUGGCUGAGACUACUUCAUGUCAACCACCCAGAUUUCCAGUUCUUUGCUUCACACGGAAUGUACCACAGGUGAUAAUGAGACUUAGUAAUUGCAUGGAAUAUUUAUUCACUGUGAAACAAUUAAAGAAAAAAAAAAUUCCAUGCUUAAUAAGUCGGCAAACUGAGAUUAAGUGCCUUAUAAGUUUUGAUGAUUAUGAUGGCAUGAUUUUUGCGGGAGUUUAUAUGGUUUGGAUUUCCUGUUACAUGCGAGAGAAACUGAAAGU